AUGAUCCAAAAAAUGAGCCCAAGCCUGAGAAGGCCACCUACGAGAUCUAGUUCUGGCUCAAGCAAUAUACCACAAUCGCCCUCUGUACGAUCAACUUCAUCAUUUUCAAAUCUAACAAGAAACUCGAUACGAAAUGUGUCGAGUUCGGGAUCUCAAUCAAUUUCCUCAUCGAGCACAAGAAGUAACUCACCACUUAGAUCUGUUUCAACCAAAUCUGAUCCUUUCCUUCAUCCAGGCAGGAUAAGGGCCAGAAGAAGUGAUAGUAUCAACAACAUCUCGAGGAAAAAUGACACUUACACAGGAUCAAUCACUGUGACGAUUCGACCAAAGCCACGAAGUGUAGGUCCCUCUCAUGAUAAUAUGGGGCUCAAAACACCUAGACACUUUCAAUCACGAACCAAUUCACAACAAGGUGGUAAUACAUUUACCAGAGACCCUUGGUUUAUUACUAAUGACAGAACAAUAGUACAUGAAGAAAUUGGAGAGUUCAAGUUUGAUCAUGUGUUUGCUUCUCAUUGCACCAAUUUAGAAGUCUACGAGAAAACCAGUAAACCAAUGAUCGAUAAACUAUUGAUGGGGUUUAAUGCCACCAUUUUUGCAUAUGGUAUGACUGGUUCAGGUAAGACGUUUACAAUGAGUGGGAAUGAACAAGAAUUAGGACUAAUCCCUUUAUCUGUGUCGUAUUUAUUUACUAAUAUCAUGGAACAGUCAAUGAACGGGGAUAAAAAAUUUGACGUGGUAAUAUCGUACCUCGAAAUUUACAAUGAAAGGAUUUACGAUCUCUUAGAAAGUGGAUUAGAGGAGUCAGGUAGCAGACUAGGCACUCCCUCGAGGUCAUAUAUGAGUAAGAACAACAGCAAUGCAUUGGGUGUAGAAUUGAAGAUUAGAGAUGACUCUCAGUAUGGGGUCAAAGUUAUUGGUCUCACUGAAAGGAGAUGCGAAAGCAGUGAAGACUUAUUAAGAUGGAUUGCAGUCGGUGAUAAAAGCAGAAAAAUUGGUGAAACAGAUUAUAAUGCAAGAAGUUCCCGUUCUCAUGCCAUUGUACUAAUUCGUCUAACGAGCACAGACGUGAGGGACGGUACAUCAAGAUCAAGUACAUUGUCUUUGUGUGACUUAGCAGGUUCCGAAAGGGCAACGGGGCAACAGGAGAGGAGAAAGGAAGGGUCUUUCAUCAACAAAUCGCUACUGGCUUUGGGGACUGUAAUAUCCAAACUAAGUGCCGACAAGACAAACUCAGUAGGCUCAAUUAUUCCCACAACUCCAACAAGUAGCGGUAACAGCAGCAGCAGCAGCAGCAGCAGCAGUGGGAGUAUUGUUAGUAACAGUAAUACUUCAAGCAAUCACAUACCAUACCGAGAUUCUAAAUUGACGAGAUUAUUGCAACCAGCGCUCAGUGGAGAUAGCAUAGUGACAACAAUAUGUACAGUGGAUACCAGAAAUGAUGCAGCAGCGGAAACUAUGAAUACGUUGAGGUUUGCAUCGAGAGCCAAGAAUGUCUCGCUUCAUGUAUCUAAAAAAUCCAUAAUCAACAAUGGCAAUUACGAUGGAGAUAAAGACCGCACUAUUGAGUUGCUGAGACGCCAAUUGGAAGAUCAACACCGGCUGAUCUCUGAACUAAAGGACCGCGCAAAUCUAGGUGAGCGUUCAACCCAAUCCUCGAAUGAAAACAACUACAAGGAUAACAACGUCAUCGUUAGUCAUAAAGAUCCGAACUUGGCUUUAAUGAAAGCGGAAAAUAGAAUACUGAAAUAUAAACUGGACAACUGCGAAAAACUACUCGAUAAGGACGUUGUCGAUUUACAAGAUUCUGAGAUUAUGGAAAUUGUAGAAAUGCUACCUUUAGAGGUUGGCACUCUAUUAGAGACAAAAAUCCAAGGUCUAGAAUCGCAAAUAAGGCAGUAUAGGAAAUACACUCAAAAACUUGAGGAUAAGAUUAUGGCAAUGGAGAAAAGUGGGUACAAUGCAAAGCUGUCGGCCCCAUGCGAUGGUACAGAAGUGAUGGAAUUACAGAAGAUGCUUGAGAGAAAGGAUAAGAUGAUUGAGGCCCUGCAGUGUGCCAAACGACUACGAGACAGGGCUUUGAAACCGCUCACUAAUACCCAACAGUCACCACUUUCUGUCGUCCAAAACGAUAAAUUAACCAGAUAA